AUGGAUGCUGAGAAAUUGUUCAAGUCUUUGAUUUUGUUCAUUCUCUUCUUCUUCCCAUUUUGCACGUCCAUUGACACCUUGAAACCAAACCAAUCCAUCAAGGGUGGACAAUAUUUGAUGUCCAAAGAAAAGAACUUCGCCUUAGGCUUCUUCAACCCAGGCAACUCUAGCUAUUGGUAUCUGGGUAUUUGGUAUUUUAAAGUGACAGUAAAAACUGUGGUGUGGGUUGCAAACAGGAACAAUCCUAUCAAUGGCUCCUCUGGAGUUCUCUCAAUCGACCAGUAUGGAAACCUUGUCAUCCGCAACGGUUCGAACCAUCUUCUUUGGACUACAAAUGUUUCUGUCCAAGGAACAACCUCCACCGUAGCUCAGCUUCAAGAUUCAGGCAACCUUGUAUUGGUCCAGGACAAUAACAUGAUAUGGCAGAGCUUUGACUAUCCUACAGAUACUUUGCUUAAAGGCAUGAAGGUUGGGUUGAAUUGGAGAACAGGGAUGCACUGGUUCUUAACAUCUUGGAAAUCACAAGAUGACCCUGGAGCUGGGGACUACGUCUAUAGGCUAGAUCCUGCUCGCUCUCCAGAGUUCUUCUUGUAUAAGGGUUCGACCCCAUUAUGGCGGACUGGUCCAUGGCCAUGGCCCUCAUCAGCAGCAGAAACAACCUCGUAUGAUUUUAAAAUCAAUUUUGUUUACAAUCAAGAUGAGAUAUCUUACUCCUACCUUUUUGAUGACCCUUCAGUACUCAUUACAAGAUUAGUGGUGGACAGCUCUGGAUUGUUCCGGCAACUUAUGUGGAUUGACGGUUAUCAUCAAUGGAAGGAACUCUGGUCAGCGCCUAGAUACCAGUGUGACAAGUAUGGGCACUGUGGUAAGAAUAGUAUAUGCAGUGCUGUGGAUGACUUUAGUGAUAGGUUCGAGUGUUCGUGUUUGCCAGGAUGUGAACCCAAGUCUUCGAGGGAUUGGCAUCUCAGAAAUGGUUCUGAAGGGUGUGUGAGGAAGCAGUUGGGGUUGUCGAUGUGUCGGAAUGGAGAAGGGUUUGUGAACGUGGGGCCUGUGAAGACUCCUGAUUCACCAGACGCAGCUCAGCUGGACAGGAGUAUGAGUGGCGCAGAGUGCCAGACGGGGUGCUUGAGGAAUUGUUCUUGCACAGCUUUUAUGAGCUUAAAUGUUGAUGGGAAGGGGAUUGGUUGCUGGACAUGGUAUGGUGACUUGGUGGACAUUGAAGGAGGGUAUACAAAGGGAGGGUUUGAUCUAAUUGUUCGUGUGAAUGCGAGUGAAUUAGCCAAGUAUAAAAAGAACUCCAAAGGUUUUCUUGCCAAGAACCGGAAGCUGGUUAUUGCAGUAUUAUCUGUUUCUGUUCUCUGGUUUCUGGGAUCUUUACUAGCCUGUAUAUGGUUACUGAGGAGGAGGAAAACAAAAGGGAGCAAAAGACAAGUCUCAUUGUUUGAUGAUGCUACAAAUGGCUCACAAUCCUUUCUUCAAGAUUCUACGAAGCUUGAUGAAACUAGAAGAAAACCAAAUGUGCAAUUUUUCGAUCUGAGCACCAUAAUUGCUGCCACAGAUAAUUUCUCCCCGUCUAAAAGGCUUGGACAAGGUGGUUUUGGCCCGGUCUAUAAGGGUCAACUAGCCAAUGGACAGGAAAUAGCGGUGAAAACACUCUCAAGAAGUUCAAAACAGGGCACUGAAGAAUUUAAGAACGAAGUUAAGCUAAUAGCAAAACUCCAGCAUAGGAAUCUUGUGAGACUUUUUGGUUGUUGCAUUCACAAAGAAGAGAAGAUGUUGAUGUAUGAAUACAUGCCAAACAAAAGCCUUGACCUUUUCAUCUUCGAUGAAAUAAGAAGGAAAUUGUUAGACUGGAGAAAGCGAUUUGACAUUAUUUCUGGAAUUGCUCGAGGAGUCUUAUAUCUUCAUCAAGAUUCAGGGCUAAAAAUCAUCCACAGAGACCUAAAAGCAAGUAACGUUUUACUGGAUUCGGUAAUGAAUCCAAAAAUUUCAGAUUUUGGGUUGGCUAGAAUGUUUGGUGAUGAUCAAGAGGAAGCAAGUACAAGAAAAGUUGUUGGCACAUAUGGAUACAUGUCUCCAGAGUAUGCAAUGGAAGGGUUAUAUUCUAUGAAAUCAGAUGUCUUCAGCUACGGUGUCUUGACACUAGAGAUAAUCAGUGGCAAGAGAAACAAUUAUUAUCACGUCGAAAGUCCCUCCCUAAAUUUGAUUGGAUAUGUAUGGGACCUAUGGAUGGAUGGCAAAGCCAUGGAUGUAGUCGAUCCAUCAUUGGGUAAGGAAUAUCCUACUCAUGAAGUUCUAAGAUGCAUUCAAAUUGGGCUUUUAUGUGUGCAAGAACAAGCCACAGAUCGGCCAACCAUGCUUGAAACUGUCUUCAUGCUUGGAAAUGAAACAAUUGUUCCAUCUCCUAACAAGCCAGCAUUUAUCAAUAGAACCAUAAAUUCUGAUAUGGAUUCCUCACGUUCUAAAGGACCACCUGCUUCCAUAAAUAAGCUGACCAUCACCAUGCCUGAAGGUCGUUAAACUUGAGUACAACUAUUUGAUCUCUAGAUUUCUAAAAGUUGGUUUGUAAAACUAUGAAUGUUGAA